AGGUUUCAAAUGCGGAAGUUUCCACCCAGAACGCUGCCACAGCGAAGAUGAGGCUUGUGAUGACAUUUGUGCUCGCAGCGCGGUAGGAGAAGUUACCACUCCGCAGGGAAACUGUAGCUACCACCGCAGAACUGGAGUAAACUGCUCAUGUCGUCUUUGGCGAGCGCGGAGCGACGUGCGUUCGCUCUGAAAAUCAACAGACACUCAUCUGCUGAGAUCAGGAGACACUUCGGUGGGAACUAUGGGUCCCCCCAGGUCUCCAAGCAACAUAGUCGUCACAGCUCCAACGCAUCAGUCUCCACUUGCUCCACCGUGCCUCAGUCAUAUGACGCGGUGGAGCCCUUGGACCUGGAAGAGUUUCUGAUGUCACAGCUACGGAGUGGAGACUCCGCCCUCAUGCAGGAGCUUGGAGAUUUCCCCGACGACGACCUGGAAGUAGAACUGUUGGAGAAGGAGUGUCGGACCGUACGCCACUCUGUACCGGAGGAGGGGGUGGAGUUGGAUUCCCAUGUCAGGGACUGUGUUCAGAGUUACACCCAACCCUGGCUGAUGGUCAGCAGGAGGUGCCAGGGAGAUAGUUGGAGUGCAUAUUCGGAGCGGGCAUGUCUACACAAAACUCUGCAGAAACAGACAUUUGAGUCUGACGUGCAGCCAGAGAAACCAGAGACACCGGUGAAGUCCCCGUCUCUGUCCUCCUCUCUCAUUAUUAAUAUUAUUACAG